UGAGACUCCCCGUAAGCGGCCGGGUUUAUUUUUGGGUCAGUGACAGUGUGUCAAUGGCUGCAGAUGCGUCGGACAGGAAGGCUCUGAGGUACAAGCAAACUCUGCUCUAUGGAGAGUACCAGGAGCACCACGGCGGCUCGGGCAGAAGGGAGGCCACGCGGCUGCUGACCGAGAGGCAGAUCAAGAAACACGGAAACCAUCAUCAAAGCCGUGGCAGGACACGACACGGUCGCCAUCAGCAUGGCAACCACAGCAGGCAAAAGAAGAGGUUUCAGCCCAAUAGGGAGAAUGAGGCCGGGGAUGAGCAAAUGGCUGAAAAAGAAUUUACCUCCUCAAUGAGGAAAAUGCGCUCCUACUCCAAAUGCAGAGACUGCAUAGCACGGGUGCAGCGGUUCCUGGUGACGAGGCUGGGAGAGGACUGGAUCUUCCUGGUUCUACUGGGAAUCACCAUGGCGCUGGUCAGCUGGACCAUGGACUAUGCCAGUGCAAAAAGCCUGCAAGCCUAUAAAUGGAUUUAUAAGGAGCUGAGGGGGAACAUCCCCCUGCAGUACCUGGCCUGGGUUUCCUAUCCCUUGAUAUUUAUCCUCUUCUCCUCCCUCUUCUGUCACCUGGUUUCUCCUCAAGCGAUCGGUUCUGGUAUCCCAGAGCUGAAGACCAUCUUGAGAGGGGUUGUUCUUAAGGAGUAUUUGACUCUAAAGGCCUUCAUUGCAAAGGUCAUCGGCCUAACUGCAGCUCUGGGCAGUGGGAUGCCUGUGGGAAAAGAGGGUCCUUUUGUUCACAUUGCAAGCAUCUGUGCGGCGGUUCUGAGCCGCUUCAUGUCCUUUUUUUCGGGAGUUUAUCAGAAUCCCUACUGUUAUACAGACAUCCUGACAGUGGGCUGUGCUGUCGGGGUGGGCUGCUGCUUUGGGACUCCACUUGGAGGUGUGCUGUUCAGCAUUGAAGUAACCUCCACAUACUUUGCUGUGAGGAACUACUGGAGGGGAUACUUUGCUGCUACAUUUAGUGCCUUCAUCUUUAGAGUGUUAUCUGUAUUUAACAAGGAUGCAGUAACCAUCACAGCUCUGUUCAGGACAAACUUCAGGAUGGAUUUCCCUUUUGAUCUCCAGGAGCUUCCUGCGUUCGCCAUCAUCGGGAUUGCCUGUGGAUUUCUUGGGGCCUUCUUUGUCUAUCUCAACAGACAGGUGGUGCUGUUCAUGAGACGACCAAACGCAAUGACCCGCUUCCUGAUUAAACACCGACUGAUCUUUCCAGCUAUAGUCACGCUGGUCAUUGCCACCUUGACCUUUCCACCAGGGUUUGGACAGUUUAUGGCCGGAGAGCUAAUGCCCAGGGAGUGCAUCAGCUCUUUGUUUGAUAACUUUACGUGGACGAAGAUUUCGGGUUCUCCCUAUCCGGCCGGCCUGGGCCGCUCUGCUGCCUGGCUGCACGCUGAUGUCAGUGUCUUUAUCAUCCUGCUGCUUUUCUUCAUCAUGAAGUUCUGGAUGUCUGCUGUGGCCACAACCAUGCCCAUUCCAUCUGGAGCCUUCAUGCCUGUCUUCAUACUCGGAGCUGCAUUUGGCAGACUGGUUGGGGAAGUCAUGGCGACCCUGUUUCCUCACGGAAUUGUAUUUGAUGGCAUUCUGUACCGCAUCAUUCCUGGAGGUUAUGCAGUCAUUGGAGCAGCAGCAUUGACCGGAGCGGUGACUCAUACCGUGUCUACGGCCGUUAUCUGCUUUGAGCUGACGGGCCAGAUCUCCCACAUCCUGCCCAUGAUGGUGGCUGUGAUCCUGGCCAACAUGGUGGCCCAGGGCCUGCAACCCUCUCUGUAUGACUCUAUCAUCCAGGUCAAGAAGCUGCCAUACCUGCCGGAGCUUGGCUUUGGACACAUGAGCCAAUACAACAUCUUUGUAGAGGAUAUCAUGGUGAGAAAGGUGAAGUUCAUAUCCUCCCAGUCUACAUAUAGAGAAGUAAAACACCUGCUGGACUCCUCAUCACUCAAAACUAUCCCUUUGGUUGACUCAACAGAUUCUAUGAUCCUGUUGGGCAGCAUUGACCGUGUGGAGCUUCUGGCUCUCUGUGAUUGGUGGUUGUCUCCAGAAAGAAGGCUUUUGAUGGAGGGUCCAAGCCUACAGGAGCAGACUCAGUGUCCGAAAAGCAGCUGGGAGUCCUUCGCCUUUGUAGAUGAGGAAGAAGACGAAGAAAGAGAAAAGACUUCCAGAGCUGCAUCUUGUUGUCUGCAGGGCAGCCCUGUUCAAGAGGAGCGAAACGGCCCCCUACCUCCUCCAAAACCUCAGGAGACUUCCUUGAACCAUGCUGCCCCUGAUACUGAAAAAGCUCCCUUGCAGUCGGCGAGGAGGACGCUGAGAAAUCUCUUCACCUCUAAGAACAGACAGUCAGAGAAGGAAACGCAGGAGCCCUGCCCGCCCCCACUGUCAGACACAAUGACAUCAGAUGAGAUAAUCUGGCAACAAGAGGCUGUGGGAUGCCAAAAUAUAAAGAUCAAAGCGUGGGAAGAAGCCGAGAUGGACAAGCCGAUGGAAAUCGAUGAGAUACGAAUUGACCCUUCGCCUUUCCAGCUAGUGGAGAGAACGUCGCUGCACAAGACCCACACAUUAUUCUCUCUGCUUGGACUAAGUCAUGCUUAUGUCACCAGCAUUGGUAAACUUGUGGGGGUGGUGGCUUUAAAAGAGCUCCAGAAGGCCAUUGAGGGCUCCACACGCUCUGGUGUCCGGCUCCGCCCCCCUUUGGCCAGCUUUCGUGACAUCAGUAAACACAAGUCUGUCCCUAAGCCUCCACCUUCUUCUUCUAGUGCUCCUUCAUCUCCCUCUGCCACCUCUCCUCCCUCGCCUCAAAUGAUCCCAGAGCCUCCCCGCUCGUUAAGCCCUGAACACCACAACCACCACCACAGUAACCACCAUCAGAAUAAUCAUGAGCACGAAACGGAGGUAUGGGUUGAGGGCGUGCCAAAGGAAGUAGAGGGGUGCAGCAGCAGAAGGAGUUCAACAAGUAGCUCCAGAAGUAGGAGCUGCAGCGACAACAGCGACCUCACCCUGCCUCCACCUUCCACUCCUCCUGCCCCUCCGCCAACAACUCCUCCUCCAUCUCCUUCCUCUAUUCCUCUCUCCACUCUGAGGCCUGCACAGAGACACCUUGAGGUGGAAGAAGACAGUGAUGACGAGCCAAUGAUUUAGCUUACAAAGAAGAAUAUUUUUUAUACCGGACUUUUUAUUUGAAUGAGUUUUUUCUUUUUUUUCGUUCUUAACUUAUCGUUCUGGUGUUUGGGCACUUUAUGUACCUCUUUUCAUCGCGCUGCUUCAGAUUCUUUGUGGUUUAGAGAUCAGUGCUCGCUUCUCAGUUUAUUAGGCCUGUACCUCUCAAGCAAAAGUUUACCAUCACUUUUAAAAGUGAGACAUCCUCAAAGUAUCCACUGAGUUGUGUUGUACCUCAGGGAUCUAUCCUCACCCACUUAUUACCCUCAACUUACGUACGUCCUCUACGCCGGGUCAUUCAGAACCUAUGCAAUAUGUUGAAUAUAGGAAAUAGACCCAAAACAUUAUGCAUAUGAUUGUUUCAGAGCCAAAGGAGCAUCUAGAGAAUUUUGAGAUGCCCAAACAUUCACUAUAACCUCCAUGUUUAAUAUUGUUGCGUGUCCUUAAGAAUUCUGUUUUAAAAAGCUAUUGAAAAAGGAGUAAAUGUGUUAUACGCUGCUUUCCUUUUCUUAAAGCUGCAGUAGGAAUUUUUGAGAUAACUGUGGACUUAGAUUGAAGAUUUAAAGAAACCCGUCCCAGGUCCCUACCCCUUGCACUCUGCUGUGCUGCAGACCUCCCCCACAGCGGAGCCCGUUGUGCCGCUCCAGUGUUUGCCUGUCUUUGUUUUCUCAGCAGGUGGCGCUCCAGAAAGUGACAGUUUUCCUGUAAAGCAAUCAUUUUCGCAAUCAUUUCUCCACACAGCUGCAGCCCACCAGCAACCUUGAGCUUGAGUGACAGUAGCACUGUGCGGGGGAGGGGUGUGAGCAGUGCGUACACUACAGUGGUUGACACUGCUAACAACCAAUCAGAGCCAGACAAUCCUCCAGGUCUGAUUGGUUGUUUUUGACCGG